AUGAAAGAACAACAGUUCGGCCCCUUCGAAGUCGAGUCGGAUUGCCUAACACUAGUGAACACCUUAAGGCAGCAGAGGGUGGACAUGACAGAACUUGGAGUGGUGUGUGAGGCCAUUCUGCAGACUGAAGGUGUUGAGGACUGCUAUGCUUGGAAGCACACGAACAGGGAAGCUAAUACUGUUGCUCAUACUUUGGCACAUGUUAAGAUAGAUCUAAAUCAUUGUAAUAGCUGGAUAGGCAUUUCCCCUUCGUUCCUUUUGAACGAUUUGUAUCUGGAUUCUAGCCAUUUGGCUUAA